UACCGGCAGAGCCGCCUCCUGUCUCCGUGCAGUGAUCGCCCCUCCCCCGCUCCUAUUACACGCCGCCCCUCCCCCAGCACUGUGCUGUGUGCCCGGCGCUCUCCAGUCUGUCUGUGGCCCUUCAUGGAGCCCCCCGGACUCCGGCACUGAUACAAAGCCCCGGGACCCGCCAGGGGAGGAGGAGGAGGGAGGCUGCACCCCAACAGCAGCACCAUGCAGCCCCCUCCGAGGAAGGUGAAAGUUACACAAGAGCUGAAGAACAUUCAGGCCGAACAGAUGACAAAGCUGCAAGCCAAGCACCAGGCGGAAUGCGAUCUUCUGGAAGAUAUGAGGACUUUCAGUCAGAAGAAGGCUGCAGUGGAAAGAGAGUAUGCUCAGACUAUUCAGAAAUUGGCCAGCCAGUACCUGAAGAAAGAGUGGCCGGUGUUAAAACCAGAUGAGAGAAGCGAGUACAGGAACAUAUACACAGUAUGGAAGUCGUACUUGGAAGGCACAAUGCAGGUGGCACAGUCCCGGAUUAACAUCUGCGAGAACUACAAGAACCUGAUCUCCGAGCCGGCCCGGACGGUGAAGCUGUACAAGGAGCAGCAGCUGAAAAGGUGUGUAGACCAGUUGACGAAGAUCCAGACGGAACUGCAGGAGACAGUGAAGGAUUUAGCCAAGGCCAAGAAGAAGUACUUUGAGGCCGAGCAGAUGGCACAUGCAAUGCGGGAGAAAGCCGACAUCGAUGCCAAAUCCAAACUUAGUUUGUUCCAAUCGAGGAUAAGUUUACAGAAGGCCAACGUGAAGUUAAAAGCCCGGAGGCAAGAGUGUAAUGCCAAGGCCACCCACGCCCGCAAUGACUAUCUCCUCACCCUGGCCGCUGCAAAUGCCCACCAAGACCGCUACUACCAGACGGACCUGGCAAAUACCAUGAAGACACUUGAUGGUAACGUAUACGAUCACCUAAAGGAUUACCUCAUGGCCUUCAACAGGACGGAGCUGGAGACGUGUCAAGCUGUCCAGAACACAUUCCAGUAUUUGUUAGAGACAUCUAGUCGGGCUUUCAUGCAGCUGAAGUUUCCGUCCUCGGUGAUGAGAGAUUACAACCUGCAGCUGUUUAUUCAGGAGAAUCCCGUAUUUCACAAAGCUCAGCCCUUCCAGUUCCAGCCAUGUGACAGUGACACGAGCUUUAGUGCUGUCCCGCUGGUGGAUAUCGAGCCCUCUCCUGUCAGUGCUAUGAGAAUGCUCUUGGCAAAGAGUCGGCAGCUGGAAUCGGAGACGGGCACCACGGAAGAGCACAGCCUGAACAAGGAGGCGCGCAAGUGGGCUACCCGAGUGGCAAGGGAGCAUAAGAACAUCAUCCACAGCCAGCGUGCCCUGGAUGAUCUAGAGUGUCAGAGCACGCCGCCUUCAGAGCAAGGCCGGGCGGAACUGGAGCAGAAAGUCGAAGAAGCCAGAGAGGGUAUUCGCAAAGCCGAGAUCACGAAGCUGAAGGCUGAAGCUCGCCUGGAUCUUCUGCGACAGAUCGGGGUGUCUGUGGACACGUGGUUAAAGAGCGCCAUGAACCAGGUGAUGGAAGAACUGGAGAACGAGCGAUGGGCCAGCCUUCCAACCUUGAUCAAUAACGGAUCAUCGCACUUGGGAAAUGCGGAUCUGGAGAGAGACGAUGGCGAAGAGAUGGAAGACAGCAUGGAUGCCUAUGAUGACAGCAGCUCAAGUCCUUCUGGAACACUAAGGAAUUAUCCGCUAACCUGCAAGGUCAUCUACUCGUACCAGUCGUCACAGCCCGACGAGCUGACCAUAGAGGAGCAUGAGAUGCUGGAAGUUAUAGAAGACGGAGACAUGGAAGAUUGGGUCAAGGCAAGGAAUAAAUCGGGUCAGGUGGGAUACGUGCCUGAAAAGUACCUCCAGUUUCCCACAUCCAACAGCCUGCUGAGCAUGUUACAGUCGCUGGCUGCUCUGGACAGCCGAUCUCACACAUCCAGCAACUCGAACGACGCCGAGAUGGUGUCUGGAAGUACGAACGGCGAUGCAAGUGUGUGUUUUGUGAAAGCACUUUAUGAUUACGAUGGCCAGACGGAAGACGAGCUGUCGUUUCCCGAAGGAGCCAUUAUCCGGAUCCUGAACAAGGAGAACCAGGACGACGACGGCUUCUGGGAGGGAGAGUUCAACGGUCGCGUUGGUGUUUUUCCAUCGGUGUUGGUGGAGGAGCUGGUGGGGUCUGAGAAUGGAGAUUCCCAGUGGAUAGAAGACAUUCAGAUAUCCCCCUUACCUAAACCCCAGACGUUCCUCCCUCCUCUGCCGCUGUAUGACCAGCCCCCCACCAGCCCCAUAUACAGUCCCGACAAGGCACGGGGCUCUCUGUACUUCCCCCGCUCCCCGUCUGUCACUGAAAAUAACAUAAACUUGGAAUCCCCUUCAACGUCGCAGCCUCCACGGAUCACCCCCGAUGGAUAUCAAGGCAAGCUACGUCCUGUGCGAGCGGCCCCACCACCGCCCACACAGGCCCACCGGCGGCAGCCGCCAGAAAAGACAGAAGAUGUAGAAAUUACAUUGGUUUAACAACGGCGUCUGGAAAACUGCUGCAAUCGCGCGCCAAAUGCGUCAUUUGGUCCGGAUCUUUUAGGCACCUUCUGCAUGUCGAGAUCCUGAGAGACGGGACGGAGAACACACGAUGGACAUUUUUGUGCCUUUUUUUUGUUUUUGUUUUUAUGUUUUAAUUCAAGUGGAAUCUGAGCUCCCCGAGUGGACACUAAUAGGGUUGUAAGUGCAAUCGCAGGCGCCGUCAUAGCAGUAGUGUAGUAUUGCAGCUCG